AUGAUCUCCUUUUCCUCGCUUAGCUUUGGUCUCGCCGCUAUCGCCGGCGCAUAUGCUCUUCCAGGUGACACGUCCGUCAACUUGGCGGAACGUCAGACCAUCACGUCCAGCCAGACAGGCACUAACAACGGCUACUACUAUUCCUUCUGGACCAACGGUGCCGGAUCAGUGCAAUACACCAACGGCGCUGGUGGCGCAUAUAGCGUGAGCUGGGCGAACCAGAACGGUGGUGACUUUACCUGCGGAAAGGGCUGGAAUCCUGGCAGUGACCAUGACAUUACCUUUUCUGGCUCCUUUAAUCCCUCCGGAAAUGCCUACCUCUCCGUGUAUGGAUGGACUACCAGCCCCCUGGUCGAAUACUACAUCCUCGAGAACUACGGCAGCUACAAUCCUGGCUCGGGCAUGACGCACAAGGGCACCGUCACUAGCGACGGAUCCACCUACGACAUCUACGAGCACCAACAGGUCAACCAGCCUUCGAUCAUCGGCACGGCCACCUUCAACCAGUACUGGUCCAUCCGCCAAAACAAGCGGUCCAGUGGCACGGUCACCACCGCGAAUCACUUCAAGGCCUGGGCUAGCCUGGGAAUGAACCUGGGUACCCACAACUAUCAGAUCGUCUCCACUGAGGGAUACCAGAGCAGCGGUACCUCCACCAUCACCGUCUCGUCUGGUGGUUCCUCUUCAGGGGGCAACGGCGGCAGCUCCUCCACCACUUCCUCGGGCGGCAGCUCCUCUACUGGUGGCUCCGGCAGUUGCUCUGCUUUGUACGGCCAGUGCGGUGGAAUCGGCUGGUCUGGCCCUACUUGCUGCUCUUCUGGCACUUGCAAGUUUUCGAAUUCGUACUACUCACAGUGCUUUGCCAGCCAGACACCGGCCGUGCUCCACGGAAAGAUCAACUCCGCAAUCAAUGAUAUUAUCCUUCUUGUCAGUUUGGAAUCUGUCUCCACAUACCUUUCGCUGAAAGCUACCGCCAUUUUGAAAAGACACCGCUUCGCUAUUGCAUACGGGUUGUACCGAUGCCAUAUAGAGCCCGAAGCAGCGCUGUGCGACAAAGGCUUCACCAGAGCUAACCAUUCCCGGAUGAAGGCGAUAUCCUGGGUUGAGAGGGACACACGGCUGACAAUCGUUCUGACCUCCAUUGCCUGCUCAGAAAGAAAGACCGGCAGAUAUGUGAACAGGUAUAUCCACAUAAUGCCAAUGGCCUCGAUCACCGUCGCUGCAUGCCAGAACCUGCUGGCCAAGGAGGGCAGCUUCUGGGAAUCCUUUGGUUUAUCAAGCGAUAGGAUGCGCACCGCGACGACCAGCCACAAGCCGUAA